AUAGCGGCGGGGGGAGGGGGGCUCAACCUGCAGCCAUGGAGAACAGCAAGGAUGCGCCAGGGAAGGCCAGCCGGUGGUUUGGAGUUGCGAUGCCCAAAUCGGUGAAGACCAACGUGAACAUCCUCCAUCAGGAGAAGCUGAUUGCUCAGAAGAAGAGGGAAAUUGAAGCCAAGAUGGAACGGCAAGCCAAACGGAACCACUUGCCAACCCAGCAGGCUUCACAGGGGAGCGAUGACGACAGUGGUGAUGGUGAAAGUGGUGUUUCAAACAAAUUUGCUAACGAUGGCAGCUUCCUCCAGCAGUUCCUGAAGCUGCAGAAGGAAAAACAAGGUGCUUCUUCCAGUUCCUCAGAGAGAUCCCAUCUUCCCCCUGCAAGUACAGUGAAGAAACCCCCCUUGAGUGGGAAGCGUCCCAAUCUUAGUGUGAGCAGCAUGUUGAAUCAAGUCAAAAACUACACCCAUUCCAAGCAGACCCCAGUAACGAAUCGCCUGAGUGUUUUCCAGUCGCCAGAUGACGAGGAAGAAGAGGAUUAUGAGCAGUGGCUGGAAAUCAAAAUUUGCCCCCCAGAGGACAUCCGGACCCGCCGAAUCGUUGAGAAGCUGGCCAGGGUGGUGGCCGAAGGGGGCCCAGAAAUGGAGAAGGUCGCGCUGGAAGACUGCAAGGAUAACCCAGUGUUUGCGUUCCUACAUGAUAAGAACAGCCCAGAAUUUCUCUACUACAGAAAGAAACUGGCUGAGAUGUGGAAGAAGAGCCAAGAUGUAGAGGAGACCCCGCCUACUCAGAAAGUUUCACCCCCAGAGGAUGAAGAGACCAAGGACUGUGCUGAGAAGCUGGCUCGGUUUGUGGCCGACGGGGGCCCCGUGGUGGAAAUGGUUGCCCUGAAAAACCACCGAGAGAAUCAGUCGUUCAGAUUUCUGUACGAGCCCAAUAGUUCUGGAUACAAGUAUUACCAACAGAAGCUGGAGGAAUUCCGGAAAGCCAACAGUAACAUCGAGGGCAUUCCGCCAAUAUCAGAAGCCAACCUGAAGCGCAAGGCCUCUUCUGAGGGAGGACCUUCCUCUUCCAUUUCUUCUUCCUCCUCCUCUUCCUCCUCCUUCUCCUCCUCCUCCUCCUCCUCCUCUUCCUCCUCCUCCUCAACAGCAGCACCCCCGGUUUCUCUGCCGAAGCAGGCGGCCUCAUCCAGUGCGAAGAAAAAGCGGAAAAGCCGCUGGGGCCCAGAGGAGGAGAAGGUGGACUUGCCUCCUCCAGAGCUUGCGCAGCAGACGCAGGAGCCGUCGCCAACGCCCUUGUCUGGGAAGCUGAUGCAGCAAAUGUACGACAUGAUCAUGAAGCACAAACAGGCCAUGCAGGAGAUGCAGAUCAUGUGGGAGAAGACGAUCAAAGAGCACCAGUCCGGCUACGACAGCGAUGAGGAAAUCGACAAUGAGUUGGGCACGUGGGAGCACCAGCUGAGGCGCAUGGAGAUGGACAAGACCCGUGAAUGGGCGGAGCAGCUGACUCAAAUGGGCCGAGGAAAACAUUUCAUUGGAGAUUUUCUGCCCCCUGAUGAGCUUGAGAAGUUUAUGGAAACCUUCAAAGCUCUGAAGGAAGGCCGUGAGCCUGAUUACUCUGAAUACAAAGAAUUUAAACUGACCGUGGAAAACAUCGGUUACCAGAUGCUGAUGAAAAUGGGCUGGAAGGAAGGUGAUGGUCUGGGAUCUGAUGGUCAGGGUAUCAAAGCUCCUGUGAACAAGGGGGUGACGGCUGUGGAUGGAGCAGGCUUUGGGAUCGACCGUCCUGCUGAUUUGUCCAAGGAUGAUGAUGAGUACGAGGCUUUUCGGAAGAGGAUGAUGUUGGCCUACAGAUUCCGGCCCAACCCACUGAACAACCCUCGGCGUCCUUAUUAUUGAUGCUGCAGUGUGUUUCUUCUCACCUCCCACCUACUCCCUGGUCCUCCAGUGAUGGAUUGUUUACUGUGACAAGUUUAUUAAAAAAAAUGUCCCAUUCUUUCGUUUAGAAGGACUCUGUUUCAGGUUUAGCCUCCCAUCUGUUUACCCGCCCACAGAUGUUGGACUUUUUCGUUGUGGUUGCAGAGCUUACCCCCUCGUUUAUUAUUAUUAUUAUUAUUUUAAAUGUGAUCCCAUUAAAGAAAGAGAAGGAGCAACUCGGAACUGAGGUGAUCAGAGAAAAAUGUUCCUGAGUCAUACUCAACCAUUUGUGAGAAGGGGGUAUUGGCCUAAAAACAUUUGUUAAUGUAACGUGUAAUAAUCUUCAUUCUACUUGGUUUCAUGGUUUUCCUUUGAAGCCCUGUUUCUUUCCCCAUGAACAUAGAAAUUCUGGGUUGCUGUUCCUUGUUGAUGGUGGGUCCCUGCAGGGAAGGAUCACAGGAUGGGAUGUAGCAGGCGAUCAGCAACACAGGCAUAAAUAAGGAAAUUUAUUUACCCCAAAUAUGGUAGGGAGGUUUUCCAGCUGCAGUUCAAAAGAGAAAGAUUUGGGUUGCAGUAACUUAGGAAAGGGGAACUGUUUUUAAAUUGGGGGUGGGGGGGCAGACAAACUAUCCCAGAGUAUUGCGUCUCUGUGAGGGUGUCAUUUUUACCUCAGUUCUGAGGGACUCUCGUGAAAGCAUGCAAAACCACCGUGUAUCGGCCAACCUUCUCUUUUUAGAGGACAACUGGCUCUCCUUUUCCUCACUCUUUAGUUAUUUCAAAGAGCGAGGAAGUUUGAAUUGCUUCUGAGACCAAGCCAGAGGCCAAAACCAAACAUAUCCUUAGCUCGAUUCUCAGCCUUUGCUUAAUUCUUAGUAGGUUUUAAUAAUCUUUCAGAUUUGUUCCAAAGGAGAAAGGUGAGAGAAGGGGAAAACCAAAAAAAUCUUUUUGUUUUA